UCUCUCUCAUUCAAAAAAAUUAAAUAUUUCAAAGGUUGUCUUUACUGUCAUCGAGAAUUUUACAAAAGAUGGACGUGAUAGAAGUCUGGACUACAAAAUUUCCAAUUUCUUUGUCCCUAAAGGCUCACACGAUGCUAAAGUCAUUAACGAAUUUAAUCGUCGAGAAGACGAAAUGGUUAUUCCAAAAACUUCUUCAAGUUUAUUUAAUUCAACAAAUUUUGAAUAUUUGAUGAGAAAUAUUGGAAUUGACACAAUUAUUGUCACUGGAUUUCUCACCGAUCAAUGUAUAGCCGCUACUAUUUGUGAUGGAGCUGACAGAGGAUUUUGGAUGAUUUGUGUAAAUGAUGCUUGUGGUACUUCUACUCGAGAAAGACAUGUUAAUGCUUUGAAUGCCUUUAAGGGUUAUUGCCGGAUUGAAAGUACAGAAUCAGUAAUUAAUGCUAUACAAAAAGAUAUUAAAAAAUAA